AUGAAUGUGGCCAGGACUAUGGCUGGCCAUGCGCACCUGAAAGAAAAGCUUCCUGAGAAGGAUGGAAAUGACCGGUUCCGCGAGUUCUCGCUGGCGGGAAAGGUUUUCGCAGUGACAGGCGGAGCACGAGGACUGGGACUGUCGCUGGCAGAGGCUCUGGUAGAAGCUGGUGGAGAAGUUCAUGUUCUCGACAGACUCCCAGAGCCGGACGACGAAUUCAAGGCCGCUGAAGUGCGUGCGAACCCCGAUUUCGGAGGGUCUCUUCACUACAAACGCAUGGACGUUACCGAUGAUACAGACACCGAAGCUGCGAUGAAGGACAUCGCGAGGAGUAAGGGCCGACUCGAUGGUAUGAUUGCGGCGGCUGGAGUGAACCACGUCGAGCCCGCACUAGAACAAACCCCAAGGUCUGUGGACGACUUGAUCCACAUCAACUAUUCCGGGGUCUUCAGGAGCUCUGUAGCAGCGGCAAGGACAAUGAUGGACCACAAAUGCCGCGGUUCGAUCCUGCUUGUGGCUAGUAUGAGCGGCCUCAUUGCAAACAAGGGAAUGCGCUCGGCAAUUUACAAUUCGUCCAAGGCGGCGGUAAUCCAGCUCACUCGGAGCCUGGCGAUGGAGUGGUCAGAGGUUUACCAAAAUGGCUCCGGUGGUAUCCGUGUUAACUGUCUGUGUCCUGGUCACAUUGAAACGCCGAUGGUGAAGAAGAUCAUGGCGGACGAUCCGGAGACAAGGGGCAUCUGGGAAUCCGAGAAUAUGAUGAGGCGGCUGGCGAGGCCAGAGGAGUUCAGAGGUGUUACGCUGCUUCUGAUGAGCGAUGCGAGUAGCUUCAUGACUGGGAGCACGGUUGUUGUGGACGGGGGACAUACAGCUUGGUAA